AUGGCCAACGGCUUCGACCGCCUUGAGCGGUUUUUCGCCAAGAAGAAGACGCCAGCUGCUUCAGCUGAUCAAGCCCAGCCUAUGGCUCAAGCUGGUGCCUCUUCCACUAUACCUCAGUUCCCCUCACCUUCCUUCAUCCGCCCCAAGACGAGUAGAAUGGCUGCUCGUGAGGAGGUGAGAAAGCAGCCAUCCAGCAGAGUUCCUUCUUUCCCGACUCCCAUCUCCCCUCAGCGGAUGGAUUUCAGCAACGGGCAGAGUCCGACGCGAUCUUCAACCUCAUCUCAGGCUCAAUACUCCCCUCUCAAAACCACAUUCAUGCCCACGGAAACGGAUUACUUUCUGGAUGGCUUCGAUGUCUAUCAGUUCCCCCGUCCUCCCACUCAUAGUGGGGAGACAUCUACUCUCUCUUCCUGUGAGCCCAAGUCAUCUCUCGAGGCACCCAGCGAGCGCAGCUUUCGACCCCGAUCUUCGAGCAAGCGCCAUGAUGGUGUCUCUAGACUCGACACUCCUCCCUCCUCGGACCUCGAUGAUGAUGACAUCCGUGGCCCUCGGCAUUUCCUCAACAAGGAGCUUCCGGCGCUUCCCCAAAGGAAACCUCCCACCCCGGACACUUCUCCAGAGCUCCGCCCAGUCCCAGACUCACAACUGAGAGUCUCUAAGUCGAUUGAUUUUCUCAACAAGGCGGUCUACAAGGACAUUCGUCGCCAGCUGGCCGAAUCCCUGGAUCAGCAAUCGCUUCGAAGAAGUGUCAGUCAGUCGAGCCUGGCACCUUCAACUAGCCGACUCUCCCUCAGCAGCUCCACAUUGCGAGAGCCCGACUUUCACGAGUUUCUGAACUUGAGCGACGAUGACAUUGCCGAGUCGGGGCCUGAGGGCUUUGAAGACCUAGAUAGUCCAACUUCCUCGACGGCCCCUUCUACUAUCGAUUCUCCUCGUCAAUCUCUUCUCACCCUGACACCUCCUUAUGCCAGCAAGCCUGCCACAGCUGCCGCAUUCGAAGCCGCAAGGAUCGCCAACCGCUACAACUUUGACUUCGUCUAUGUUGUCAACCUCUGGCCUGGCCACGCUCGAUCUCAAACCUCGGACUCGGAUCGUGAUGCGACUCCCCUUAACCCUUUGUCGUCGGGCAAGCAAUCAAAGACCAUGACUGGCCGCCUUCUCGCCGCUUAUGGUCUGGAGAACGUCAAGUCCCCGUUCCAAAUUUGCCCUUCCGCACAUGGCAAGAUCCUGCGCACUCCAGGCUGGACAGAAUACCGACCUACAGAGAUCCGGGACGAUGAAUUCGCCCGCGGGUAUGCCUGCGCCUUUUACACGGGCGAGUACUCACGAGCGGGAUCCGAAAUUUCUCGAUACUCAGCCUCUUCAGCACAAUCUAUGAAGACAGACCGUGGCAUCGUCUUCGCCGCAUAUCGCACACCCCGGGUUGACGGAAGCAUGGCCGGCCUCAGUUCCAGCCCUGCUGAGCUCGCGAGCAUUCACAAGGAUGCUGAAGCACUCGUGGAAAUGCUUAUCGAUACCCACGUCGCGAACCGACUUCGCCAGCCUCAACACAAGUCUUACCACUCGGAAGAGACGGGACCAAUGCCGAAGCAGAGGCUGGGGUCUAUCUGA